AAGACCUUCAUAUUUAAUGGAUCUGCGAACAGUUCUUCAUUUCAUUUUAAUUCUGUGGUCGCUUCCACUUCUACAAUUUGUUCUGCAGAAUGCCUUAAAAAAAGAAAUCCCAUCUGCGUUGGACUUUUGUUCAAUGCAAAGAGAGCAUCCUGCAAUUUGUUGAAAAUAUUUUUAACAGAAAAUGAUAAAACCAUGUUAGACGUCGUCGGUGAGGAUUGGGAAUAUUUUAGCAUUGAAGUGGUAAACCUGGCGCUUGGUAAGACCGUCUCUGGUAGCAGCCUCUUUCCUUUCCCUCCAUAUUCAAAUGUGAGUCAUGCCGUGGAUGGUAGGACAGAGUUUACUGACAUAAGUCUACUGUUUCACACAGACUUCGAACUUUAUCCCUGGUUGACGGUAGAUCUAGGAACACUCAGUAUUGUAAAGAAUGUUAUUCUUUACACUAGAAGCGAUGACCAUGGUCGCUGGCUGCACAGUGUUGAGAUAAGAGCUGGAAACUCUUCCAUUUGGUCCGAGAUGAAUAUUUGUGGCACAUUCCUUGGACCCAGUCAAACAGGAGAAAUCCACACCAUAGAGUGUGAAACCAGACCCCUCCUGUAUGGGUCAUAUGUCACUGUGAAAAUAGUCCGUCCUAACUACAUUACAGACGACCCUAUGGCAUUCGGCGGAAGAAACGCCUUGUGUUUAAGAGAAAUUGUCGUCAAUGGCCUUCAUGCAUAA